GCUUUCGCGAGCACGCGCUUUCGCGAACCCCUUCUCGCUGGAGAAAGAAGCUGCUGGCAUGGCUUCUUCUGUGAGGAUCUGCGAUCCAGAGGGCUCCGGGCUGCUGCUCCCAUUGACACAAGCGGAGAAGGAAAUGGCGGAUGGAGCGCGCGCCGUCAUUUACAUCCUCUUGCUGCUGUACAUGUUUAUGGGUGUUGGGACCGUCGCGGAUUGCUUCAUGAAUGCCGUCGAGAAGAUCAUCAGCAAGAAGAGGCGGAUUUUAAAUCAGACGAAGCAGAAAGAGGUCACGUACUUGGUCUGGAACAGCACCGUGGCCGACCUCACCUUGUUGGCACUUGGCUCCUCCGCUCCAGAGAUUCUGCUGUCGGUGCUGGAGAUCUGCUCCGCGGGGUUCCACAGCGGAGAGCUGGGGCCCUCCACCAUCGUGGGCUCCGCAGCCUUCAAUUUGCUGAUCAUCCUGGCGGUCUGCAUUUGCGCCAUCCCAGCCUGCGAAGUGCGCGCCAUCGAGCACAUGUCAGUGUACCACGUGACGGUCAUUUUCUCGAUUUUCGCGUACAUCUGGCUGCUGGUCAUCGUGCAAGUUAUUUCACCCAACAUCGUGGAGAUCUGGGAGGCCAUGGUCACCUUUGUGAUGUUCCCGAUCCUGGUGACGGUGUCGUGGCUGGCGAACAAGGGCAAGCUGGAGUUCCUGGCGCUCGAGAAGAGGCCUGAAGAGGAAGUGGAACCCCGGAUGCGGCGGUCCUCCCAGGAUGAUUCGAUGGGCAACGCCGCGGAGAAAAGCAAUCAUCCUCGGCUCGGGGGCAACAAGAUGAGGGCGUCCAUGGCGGUCCUGACUGCGGGCCGAAAGUCGCACGUCACUCCAGAGGCCAAGCGAGACGCUCACGAAGAGGACAAGGCCAUCCCUGCUGGAAGCAACGGCAAGGACAUCCAGGAUCCCAUCCACAAAGGGCGCAUCCACGCCCCCCAUGGUAUCAUCACCUUCCGCAGCGACGCCAUUCAGAUCGAGCCUGAAGAUCGUUUGCGCCCGGACAACGAGCCCUACAAUCCCUACAAAUUCACGUUGGACAUCCUUCGUUGCAAUGGCACCGACGGCCAGGUGUCGUGCAAGCUCUCAACGGAAGGUCUCUCUGCUGUUCCAGGCAUAGACUUUGAGGAGAUUGACGAGACGAUCGUUUUUGAGGACGGAGAGACCGAGAAACAGGUGGAGGUCUCGAUCCUUCCGCAGCGGGAUUCCGAGCCCCACGACGUCUUCCAGCUGGUGCUCUCCGAGGCGGAAGGCGACGCCUUCUUCAACCCGAACGAUGAUGGCGGCAGGGGGAUCGGUCUCUUGACCAUCACCAUCAAGAACUCCGAGAAUCCGCCCUUGAUGGAGAGGUUAUUCGACAAAGACAACUUCCAGUGCGGAUUGCAGGCCUGGAAGCAGCAGAUCCUGUCCUCCGUGCGCUUGGAGCCCGAGGAGGCGGAGGAGGGAGAGGAGCCAGCAGGGCUGAAACCGAGCGACUACUUCUUCUUCGUCUUGGGUCUGCCGUUCAAGGCGUUCUUCGGCCUCGUUUGCCCGCCGGCGCAGUGGGCCGGAGGCUACCUGCUCUUUACUGUGGCGCUGGUGUGGGUGGCUGUUGUCACGGCUCUGAUCAGUGAUUUGGCAUCACUUUUCGGCUGCUGUGCAGGCAUUCCGGACGCCACCACGGCGAUCACUAUAGUCGCAAUGGGGACUUCCUUGCCCGACACCUUUGCAUCCAUGACCUCCGCGGCCAAAGAUGACACUGCAGACUCUUCGAUUGUCAACGUGACGGGCAGCAACUCGGUGAAUGUCUACCUGGGCAUUGGCAUCCCGUGGCUGGCUGCGGCGAUUUACUGGUCCAGCGGCGCAGGCGAUAAGGUGGAGUGGGCGGCGAGGUACGGAGCCGAAUUCCCGGAGAUUGUGAGUAGUGCCACGAACUGCGCGUUCAUCGUGAAGGCGGGGGCUUUGGGCUUCAGCGUCCUCAUCUUCAACUGCGUUGGGCUCGCUUGCCUUGUUUUGCUCCGCGUGCGGCGCUUGGCCUUUGGGGGCGAGCUGGGUGGCCCCCAGACGCCCGCCCGGGCGUCAUCUGCCCUCCUCGUGUUUCUUUGGGUGGCGUACAUUGUGAGCUCGAUUUGGAGGAACACCGACGAGAAAGCGGAGGUCAUCAUCUUCCCUAUGGCCGUCUUGGCCGCCCUUGUUGUCGUCGGCGGCGUUGCGUUCGAGUUGUCCGGGAAGGGAAGAUACAACCCGAAGGAGACGCCUGAAGAGAAGAUGGCCUUCAAGGAUGCGCCCGGCGAGAAUCAGCUGGAGGACACUUCCAUCGACAACGCCAAGGCCUCGCAGGACCCAGAGCCCGAUAAGAUCGGCGCUGCGGUGGAGGAGCCGGUGGAGCCGGCGCCGGAGCCCGCGGAGGACAAGCCGGAGGUGCCGAACGCGCAAGAGGCGCCAGAGGCGGAGGCGGCGCCAGAGGUAGCGGCUGAGAGUGUCACGGUGGAGGUUGCUGAGGCCCCUGCAUCUCCUGAGCCUGAGAAAGCUGAAGAGGCUGCGAAAGCUGAGGAGGAGAAGAAGAAGGCCAAGAAGCCGGAGGAGAAGAAGGCCCCGAAGAAGAAGCCGAAAGCCAAACCCAAACCGGAGGAGGAGGCUCCAGAGCAAAGUGUCCCGGGCCUAGCGAAUGAGGCUCCGGGCGUGCAUGGUUCUGCACAGUGGCGAGCUCACCUGGAAGUAAAACGAGGUCACCAUGACAAAGAUCCUUUGCUUGGGGAACCCUUAUUUCAGGUUUUGGACAUAUUGUAAGACUUGCAGAUAGUCUUGAGCCAGGCUGAAUAGAUGACUGAAUCCUGGUGUCCCUGCUCAUUCCCACCAUAGCUGGUGCUGCGACCGAUGGCGGCACUUUUUCUUCACAAGCCUCUGCCAAGCAGAGAUUUCGGCGAACUGGUCCGGAGGUAGGGAUGCCAUGCGGCUGUAUCCCCGAACUAUUUCCGGCUAAGUGUUGCUAUGUGGGGUGUGUAUGAUCUACACCUGUACGGAGUUAAACUCCGCAAGUUUACCAGAAGAAGCUUGUAGGGAUUGUGCAGCGGAAGCAAGAGAGUGCAACGCUCCAACGCUCGAUUCUAUCUCACGGGUAGCGCCAGUCAAGCGGCUCCUUCUUUCUGCUGCAUGUCUGCUACAUGCCUCAGGGAAAUUGGUGGAGCCCGGGCCAAGCCCUGCAUGUCCACCUGAGGGCGGUCCAAAUGAAUAGCCA